AUGUAUAUACCAUACACUAUUUCGAUAGCUGACGUGUCUACCUUAAGUCUGCAAGGUUACUACAUUAGGGUUACUAACACAAGCUCAAAUGAUUCCAAUGCAUGGAAUGACAAUCAAAUUUGCUACCGAGAUCCCAGCAAUGAAACAUUACCUGAAAUUAACGAACAUGAUUGUCACAGAGUGGGGCAGUACGUCUGGAUUGUCAACGAAAAUGCCACGAAAGAGGAUACUCCUUAUGUUCACCUGGAAAUAUGUGAAGUUGAGAUUGAGGGUUGUGAAGUAAAUAAAUUUGGUGAAAAUUGUACCGAUUGCGGUUCCUGUAAUGUAUGUGAUAUUGUUAAAGGAUGUACACAAUGUGGUAAAAACUUUAACGGAUCAAGUUGUGAGGAUUGUUUGCCAGGAUAUGGAGGAGAAAACUGUGAUAAAUGUUCCGAGGGGUUUUAUGGUUACAAUUGUUCUGAGAAUUGCACUGGGAAGUGUACUGAAAACCAAACAUGUUAUCACGUGACCGGGGAGUGUAAAUGCCUGGCAGGAUUUAUCGGGGAAAAUUGCACGAAGAGUUGUGCUAAUAAUACCUAUGGUCAGGAAUGUAUGUACAAUUGCAGUCAAAACUGUCUUGAUGGUGAUGCCUGUCACCAUGUUAAUGGAUCCUGUACUAAUGGAUGCAAUAAUGGAUGGAAGGGAAAUCAGUGUAAUGAAUCAACUUCUGAUUUAGAUCGGCCAGAUAAGGGAAACUUUUUAUCAAACGUACCUGCAGUGAUUGGCGCCAUUAUCUCAGCAUCUGUGUUGUUCAUCAUCAUCGGUUUACUUUUACUCUUUUACAAAAGUAAAAGAUUUCGACAAAAAGGUCCUGUUGAAGACAUGAAUCAAGAUAUCAAUUACAGCACACUAGCUGCAAACCAUUCACCUACUUCUUACGAAAAUCUAUCGAAUACAGAGUCCUUUGAACGCAGUGAUGAAAUAAUCAACAGUAAUACAUCAAUAAGCUUUUCUGUAGCAGAAAUCUCUAAAGUCGUCGCUCAAAAAUCUAAAGAUAAUUACAAUAUAUUUCAAAGUGAAUACAAGGCUAUACCGUAUGGGGAACAAAUUGGUAUUUCAUGUACCAUAGGAAAAGAAGAGCGACAUCUAGAAAAGAACCGUUUCAAAAGCGUAUAUCCCUAUGAUCACUCAAGGAUCUCCUUAAGAGAUACACAAGACGACUAUAUACAUGCAAAUUACAUACAGAAUGUAAACAAUGAAAAAACCUACAUUGCAUCACAAGGACCUAAAAAGAACACUAUUGAUGACUUCUGGGCAAUGGUUUAUCAAGAAAACGUUUCAGUGAUUGUCAUGCUUACAAAUCUUGUUGAAGGCAAAAAGAAAAAAUGUGAGAAAUACUGGCCAGAGCGCGGGAUUGACGCUUUACAUGGGCAGAUCAGAGUUCACUUUGUCAACGAGAAACAAUAUGCCAAUUACAUCAUCAGGAGCUUCAGAAUUUACAAGUCACAGCAGUCUGAUACAUCCCGUAAGGUGACCCAGUUCCAUUAUACCCAGUGGCCAGAUCACGGCGUCCCUGAUCCUAUUAGUCUGGUUCUCUUCCAUAAACACGUGAGGAGGGCCCUAGAAAAAGCCAAUAUAAAAUGGCCUCUACUGGUUCAUUGUAGCGCUGGUAUUGGUCGAUCGGGAACCUUUAUUGCACUGGAUGCUCUCCAUCAACAAGGCCUGAACACCGGUGUCAUUAACGUUGCAGAAUACGUCAGUAAAAUGAGGGAGGAUAGGAUGAACAUGGUUCAGAACGUUGACCAGUACAUUUGUCUUCACAUUGCAUUGUUGGAAUCUUUCCAAGGAUGCAGUGUUGUUAUGAGUAAGGCGGUAUUUGUGGCAAAAGUUCAAAAUAUUGACCAACAAAAUGAAGAAUCUUCAUUCUGGAUUACAUCACAAUUUAAUGAACUGAUUUCAAUAAAAAAGAAAAUUGAUGAGGACGAGAACAAAGCUGGAAUAGACAACGGAGAACUUCUUUUGAAACAAAAUGUUUUGCCGAUCGACAAGUACAGGGCUGUCCAGACGCCAUCAGAGGACGACACAGUGGAUUAUUAUAAUGCAACAUUGUUAUCGACUUUCUUGGAGAAUAAGAUGCUAAUAGCCGCUCAAUACCCCAAAACAAAACACCCUAUCGAUCUGAUAAGACUUCUGGUUGAACAUGGGUCCAGCAUUUUGGUGUUUAUAAAUCCAAUGACGGAAAUACCUUUGUGUGCAGAAUUAUUGACCCAGCAGAAAACAGAUUUAGGUCCGUAUACAGUUCAACAAGAGGAAACACUUAGAAUUUCUGUAAAUCUUCGGAGAAGUAAAAUGAAAAUUAGGAAUAAUGAGCAAACUGAAUGGAUGGCAGUAAAUGUGUAUGAACUUCUGAGCUGGACUAUACUCGACCUUCUCCCGUCCGAUCUCAGAGCCCUAUCUGACGUCAUCAAAUAUAUCAGAAUGGAUGUCAGUAAAGGAAGUGAACACACGCCGAUAACAGUUCUGUCAAAAGAUGGCGCAACCGGAUGUGGAAUUUUUUGUGCUGUGUAUAACGCCAUACAACAACUACAACAGGACAAUGAAGUUGACAUAUUUACUAUAGUCCGGCAGUUACAGAGACGUAAAGCGGAAAUGAUUUCAUCUCUGAAGGAAUACAGAGCAUGCCAUGAGGUUACUUUACUUUGCCUUCAAGAUAUUGAACUGGAACAACAACAAGAUGAUUACAAUGCCACAGACAAGGAUUAUGUUAAUAUGUAGAUUGUUCCUUUAGGAUUUCUUUUUUUCCUCGAACUCAUAGAAUGUAACAUGAAUUGAAAUUGAGAGUAUAUUUUUAAUAAGUUUUUUCAAGCACACGUGAAAAUAAUUCAAAAAUAUUCAUGGUGAGUGUAACUCAGACUACUCUUAAACAUCGCACAAACUACUGUACAUGUAUAUUUUAUGUAACUAAUUUAAACAAAUUUUGACAAAUAUUAAUACACUAAUAAUGCAAAGUUAAAAUCGUUGC